CGGCAGGCGGGGCCCAGGUGCGCCCGGCCCGUGACCGCUCGGGGGGCGGCGCCCUCCCGCCGCAGCCGCAGCGGCCGGCUCCGCAGCGAGGAGCCAUGGGCAACAUCUCCUCCAACAUCUCGGCCUUCCAGUCCCUGCACAUCGUCAUGCUGGGCUUGGACUCGGCCGGCAAGACCACGGUGCUCUACCGGCUCAAGUUCAACGAGUUCGUGAACACGGUGCCCACCAUCGGCUUCAACACGGAGAAGAUCAGGCUGAGCAACGGCACGGCCAAGGGCAUCAGCUGCCACUUCUGGGACGUGGGCGGCCAGGAGAAGCUGCGGCCGCUGUGGAAGUCCUAUAGCCGCUGCACGGACGGCAUCAUCUACGUGGUGGACUCGGUGGACGUGGACCGGCUGGAGGAGGCCAAGACCGAGCUGCACAAGGUGACCAAGUUCGCCGAGAACCAGGGCACGCCGCUGCUGGUCAUCGCCAACAAGCAGGACCUGCCCAAGUCGCUGCCGGUGGCGGAGAUCGAGAAGCAGCUGGCGCUGCACGAGCUCAUCCCGGCCACCACCUACCACGUCCAGCCGGCGUGCGCCAUCAUCGGCGAGGGCCUCACCGAGGGCAUGGACAAGCUCUAUGAGAUGAUCCUGAAACGCAGGAAGUCCCUCAAGCAGAAGAAGAAGCGGUAAUGCGCCCGGCGGCGAGCGGGGCGGCGAGCGAGUAAGUCGGGAGUGAAUGAAUGGAUGAGGGGAUGGAGGCGAGAGAGCCCGCGCCCGCGAACAAAGGCAGCGAACCAAAGCGAUGCUUCGAAUUUCUAAAUCGGAACCCCUGCACCCAAAGGCAGCGCCAGUGACUUAACCUGGGUGUGUAGGCUGACUUGCCAGCCUGCCUUCGACCUGCCCCCACCCCACCCCACCCCCACCCGGCUCAGGGGACCUUUUGUCUAAACGCCAGAGCCCCCUGAUGGGGGUGGGAGGCCGCCCUGGGGAGUGGACGUGCAGGGGCUGCCUUCCGCCCUCCAGGCCCGGGUGGAAGGCUCAGAUGUCAGAGACAAAAGCGAUUUCUUCCUCCUCCAGCAGGGCCAGAAGUUCAGGCUGCCCCGCCCUCACCUGUGUGUUACCUGAGGUAUGCAGCUCCCAGAAUGCUGGGAGUCUCCUUCGGGGGGGCAUGUCGGCAGUGGGAGGUGCUGGGGCAAAAGCCACUGCUUACUGCAUGGGCAGUGGAAGCUGGAUGAUUUAUGGCACAGGGCAGGCCCCUGUUGAAAUUUCAUUUGUCCUGCUCUGGGCCCAAACGAGGUGGUGGCUUGGGCCAUCAGAGGACCGCCUGGAACAAUACGCAGCUCCAGGACAUGGGGCCCUGCCACGGCCUUGCCUGGGGAAUGGCCGCGAAGAUGCCCCUUUCUUGGUGCUUUGUGGUGGUUACGGAAGACCAGUUUUGUUGAGAACUGCUUUUCAGCCUGGAAUCAGACAUCUUCCAGAUGGUUUGGACCCUGUCCAUGUGUAGGUCAUUAUCACACAAAGAGACCAAUAAAAUUAAAAAAAAAAAAAAAACUGUUGGAGGUGGUGGCAAAUGAUACAUUUACUGUUUGCAGGAUAGUUAAAGGUGUUUAAGGGUAAAGCUCUGGAUGUGUGUGUGUGUGGACACGGGGACCUCCCUCUGUACUGUGUAAUCGGCAUAAAUACCUAGACCCAUAUGCGUAGAAUCUUAAAUUCUCUUAGCCUACUGAUUGGUUUGUGUGAGCACACCAGCUGCAGAUGUGUGCUGAAUUGCAAGAUGGUUUUUGCAAAGGAUGUCUCGAUAAUAACCACUUGAUGAUGGGUUUUGGUUUUCAGACAUGUUUUAAAAAAAAAAACUACAAAUGAAUACUCACCUUCCAUAAGAAAGAAGACUUUGCUCUGCCCUUUUAUAUCCUUUUACGCUGCAAGUGGCAACAUGUUCAAAUUUCUAAUUGGGUUCACUGUGGCCUAUCUGGUUUAAGCAUUUCAUUAAAAAUGUCUCAUUAGCGUAUUUGAUGUCAUACACCAAAAAAUAAAACCCCACCUUAUUGCAAAAGCUGACCUUGUUGCAUGGAUUUGAAAGCGGAGGGAAAGCACCAGGAUGAGGACCUUCCUCAUUCAUUCCUGUGGGAACUGGCCUGCGUGGCAAAUGCAAACCCCGGUGAGUGCCUGGGAUAAAAGCAAGCGGUGAGUGCCUGGGAUAAAAGCAAUCAGGCACUUCACGAUGUACUUGAAAGAGGCUUUGGGAAAUAAAAGAAUAAAUACAUAUUUUUAAUAAUGUAAUUUAAAAGAAAAAAGUUCUUUAUAAUCAGGACGGAGUCUUGGUUUUGCAGAAGCUGUCAUUUACCCCGAAACCCAGUAUCAAAAGGGAAACUUAAACUUACUGUAUGGUUUUUUUAUUUCCUCUUUGAAUCCAUGUUUACAGGUAGAGUUAUGUUUUCCCCGCCCCCACUGUUAUAAAUUAAUUCACAAAGGAGGCCUAUAGAAAUUGGGCAUCAUGCUUGAGCACGUGAGUGAGUCAGAUUACAAAUCCAUGCCUAUUGUCCCCUGCACUCAGAAAGUUAAUUUAAGAACCAGAGGUAGAAUGCCUGGCUUCCUGCUUGAAACCCAAUUCUUCUCUGAGAUAUUUUGAAAGAAGGAACCUCGCAGCCCAUUUUCCUUUUCUCUUUUGUCGGUGUAUUUGGUACCCUCCAAUGCUGGUCUUUUUGUAGAAACGCAGUAGAGAAAAUAUAGCUAAGCAAUGUUGAAAAGCCUGCAAGAUUUCAGUUUAUGUAUCGACAGCAUAUUCACUGAUUUUUAAAUGGGCUGGUCCCAUCAGCUGAAGAUUCUGUAUAGAAUUAUUAAAAAAAAAAUCCAUCUUCUUUAUUUUCUUCACAUGCGACAAUUUCUUAAGCACUUUGACAUUUUGGUAGUUCCACACUAUUGAGAGAAUAAUAUAUUUAUUUUGUGACAUUGCAGAUGCCAAACACUGUAACCUUCUCGUGCUAACAAUUCUUAGGUUGAAGAUCACUGUUCAAAUUUUACCAUGCUUUAACAAAUGAUGCGAAAUGAUUUUUGUUUUUGUUUUUGGUUUUUUUGCAUUAUCAAUACUUAAAGGGUACAGUCAGCUGUUAGUAACUGUGCAGUAAAGUAAAACCCUGUGGUGUCCCAACUAAUAGUUAAAGAGUCUCAGUUGAUUUCUGUAAGAUUUGACCUAGUAAAAGCCCAUUUUUGUCUCUCACCAAACAGAGGAGGCACAGGUCACGUCACCUUGGAGCGGUCAGCCUGGAGCCGCCAUCCAGGGAGUCCCCUCCAAGGGAGCAGUUAGCGAUUUAUGAUGCCUCCUGCCCCUGGGAGAAUGAAUGGGUGUCACCUAGAGGAAGUGGCCUCCCCACGUGAACUUCGGAAGUGUUUUCUCACAGACACAGGGAGGCCAGCUUUGUUUUAGAACAGUUCUCUUCACACAUUCUCUGUCAUGGUGUUGGGACUAUGUCUCCUGGUUUUGGUUUUCGUUUCUCCUGCUGUAAUUCUCUGCCCUGGUCACCCUCCUUCUGUUCCCGCCCCCUUUUAUAUGCAUAUAUGAUGCUGUGAACAGAAAUAAAUUAUUUAUACAAUCAAA